AUGGUCAAAGAAACCAAGCUGUACGACCAGCUGGGCGUGAGCCCCACGGCAAACCAAGAUGAAAUCAAAAAAGGCUACCGAAAAGCCGCACUGAAGUACCACCCCGACAAGAACAAGGACAACCCACAAGCCGCCGAAAAGUUUAAAGAAUGCUCGCAAGCGUAUGAGAUCCUCUCCGACCCCGAAAAGCGCAAGAUCUACGAUGACUACGGUCUCGAGUUCCUGCUCCGCGGAGGCGCCGCCCCGCCACCUGACGGUGCCGGUGGUAACCCCUUCGCAGGUGGGGGAAUGCCUGGAGGAUUCGACUUCGGCGGCGGCAUGCCUGGCGGCGGCGGUACACGCACCUUCCGCUUCAGUACCGGUGGAGGAAACGGAGGUGGUUUCAACUUCAGCUCCGCAGACGACGUCUUUGCUGAAUUUAUGCGCUCAGGUGCUGGUGGAAUGGGCGGCGCCGGCGCCGGCGGAGGCAUGGACGACUUUGCCGACAUCUUCACGGCCUUCGGCGGAGGCGGCGCCCAACGGGGUGCCGGCCGGUCACAGCGCGUGCGCACCGGGUUUGGAGACGUGCCGCGGCCCAGAGAGUCGACCCCCGAGGUCACGACGGUGGAACGGCCCCUGCCGCUCACGCUGGAGGAGCUGUUCCGUGGCGUAACCAAGAAGAUGAAGAUCAAGCGCAAGACUUUUGACGAGGCGGGCAAGAGGAUGACCACUGACACGGUCCUCGAGGUGCCCAUCAAGCCGGGUCUGAAGAAGGGCAGCAAGAUCAAGUUCAAGGGUGUUGGCGACCAGGAAGAGGGCGGCCAGCAGGACCUGCACUUCAUCGUGGAAGAGAAACCCCACCCGCUCUUUGUGCGCGAAGACAACGACCUAAUUCACACGGUCGACUUGGAGCUGAAGGAGGCUCUCACGGGCUGGAGGCGGACCGUGACGACCAUCGACGGCAAGCAGCUCAACCUCGACAAGAACGGCCCCACACAACCGGGAAGCACCGACCGGUACCCCGGCCUGGGCAUGCCCAUCUCCAAAAAGCCGGGCACGAGAGGAGACUUCAUCAUCAAGUACAACGUCAAGUUCCCCACGACCCUGACGGCGGCCCAGAAGGAGAAGCUGCGGGAGAUCCUGUAA